GUCUAUGAUUAAUCGUCAACGACGUCACGAUUUCGCAAAUCGAAAAUGAAGUAAAAUUACGAGAAAGGAAUCAAAGGGAAACUUGUUUUUGCUUGUGUUUUAAUAAUCAACGAGUGAUUGUUUUCGCCUCAUACUGGGAUAAUCUGUGAGCGUUGAUGUGAACGAAAUCAAUGUGAUUGUGUGUACAGUGGAUCAGACAAUAUGUGUAAAGUGUUGAUUACGAAUGACAUCUGUUAACAAAAGGAAAACAGUAGUUAGAAGACAUUGGUAGUGAUAUUUACAGAAUGAGUUCAACGGAGUUUGUGAACGUGACCGCUCAGCCGCUGAGCGAUAUGGGUCACGAGCUCAAGGACAUCCUGAAGCCGCUGCAGGAGCCGGUGUUCCUGCAGACCCGCACGGCCCAGGUUAUCGCUGGGAUAUUCGUGUGGACCGCGCUCUUCAUUACUUGCCAACAGAUUUACCAGCACCUGCGCUGGUACACGAACCCGUCGGAGCAGCGUUGGAUCGUGCGCAUUCUGUUCAUCGUGCCCAUCUACGGGUGCUACAGUUGGAUCUCGCUGCUGUUCUUCAACGGCAACUCCUACUAUGUCUACUUCUUCACCGUCAGGGAUUGCUAUGAGGCGUUCGUGAUCUACAGCUUCCUGUCCUUGUGUUACGAGUACCUGGGCGGCGAGGGUAACAUAAUGUCGGAGCUGCGCGGGCGGCCGGUGCGCGCGUCCUGCGUCAAUGGCACCUGCUGCCUCGCAGGCGCCACCUACACCAUCGGCUUCCUGCGCUUCUGUAAACAGGCCACCCUGCAGUUCUGCCUCAUCAAGCCCGUCUGCGCUUUCAUCAUCAUAUUCCUGCAGUCCGCUGGCCACUACCACGACGGCGACUGGUCUCCGGACGGCGGCUACCUGUACAUCACGAUCGUGUACAACAUCUCCGUCAGUCUGGCGCUGUACGGCCUGUUCCUCUUCCUCGGCGCCACCAGGGAGAUGCUCAAGCCCUUCGACCCGGUGCUAAAGUUCUUCACCGUCAAGUCCGUCAUCUUCUUGUCCUUCUGGCAAGGUGUAGCUCUAGCUAUCCUAGAGAAGGCUGAGGUGAUCUCCCCGAUCGCGGACGCUCACGGGAUCCCCACCACGGCGGGUACGGUCUCCGCGGGCUACCAGAACUUCCUCAUAUGCAUCGAGAUGCUGGCGGCCGCCAUCGCGCUGCGCUACGCCUUCCCCGCGGCCGUGUACCACGCACACCGCGACCCGCACCGCUCCGUCACCAUGCAGUCCAUCUCGAGCAGCCUCAAGGAGACGAUGAACCCGAAGGACAUAAUGACGGACGCGUUCCACAACUUCCACCCGCAGUAUCAGCAGUACACGCAGUACAGCUCCGUGAUGCGUGGAGGGAACGGCAUGGGCAAGCGAGACGAAGGCGCGGCGUUGGCCCCACGACCACCUCCGCAGCGCGUCGCCACCAUCAGCCAUAACACCAACUACCACGAGAAGACAACUUUACUCAGCUCUGAUGACGAAUUUCAGUGAAUAUGUUAAAAGGAAGGAUUACAGACGUAUUGAUAAUGCUUCUUGUUACACUUCAGAGUUGGCUGUAUGUGAUAACGCCAUUGCUAUGUCAAGUAAAUCGAGAAGAAAAAGAAAGAAACUUGCGAGGUUAUUUGCCGCGAUUUUUAAAAACAUUCUAACGACGUGUCCGCAUUCACUGUUGCCUUGUAAAUGUUAUGGGGAUAAAAACACGAUCAACGUUAAAUAAUAAUUAGUGUCGGCCCUCGUACCUUGCUAAAGUUGGUACUAAAUUCUAAAAACUAAAUUUAAUCUUGACCUUAAAAAAAUGUAUUUCAAGCACCUAAAUGAGUGUAAUUAGAAGCAUUUUUAUAUAUUAAAUCACUUAAAUAAUACCUAAUGAAUAUUAUUAUGUUGUUUUACUGUUAAUUUCUAUUAAGUACAUUUAUUAAAGAAUCAAGUUAAUUUUGAAUUGUGAUUAAGUUAUUUUUUUUGUCUAAGGAUUAAGAAUAGAUGAUAUUAAAGUGCUUGCCAAGAAAUAAGUAGGAGUUUUUACUAGAUAGUUCAAUUGCACAGAAGGAAAACACUAAAAGAGUUAUGUAAGUGCAGUGUAGAGGCGCUUUAUACUUACUGCCUUAACGAGUAAUAGUUAAAUAAUUUAUCAGAAAACAUACUAGGGAAAGAAAAUAAAUCAUUUGUAAAAUGUACGAAUUACGACUAACCCAGGUAUUAGAUAGAGCGUGUAGUAUCUCUGCGGAAUAUCUUAAGUUUGUUUACGUUGUAUGAUUUUCUAAGUAUUUCUCUUUUUCGUAAAUCGAUGCUGUUUUUACCACGACGACUAUGGCUUUGAUAAGGAAUGUAUAGUAUGUAAUAUAAGUAUAAAAAAUAAUGUAAACCUACCUACAAGAUUUAUGGAGCGAAAAAUGUACAGAAAAAAGAUGAAUUAUUAAUUGUAAUAUCGCAUUAAGACCCGUAGACCCUAUAUAAACAUCGUUUUAUGAAAUUGUAUAAAUUAAAUCGAGGACUUUAGAUCAAAACUCGUAACGCACUCAUUACGAUGGAGACAAAAUAUCUUAAUUUCGCAUCUGAAAGUUAUAACGAGUGAAAAUACUGGUUGGUUGAGAUAAAAAAUAUUUCAAUAGUUAUAACCAGCGUCCGCGAUACGGGUUCCGCGCAAAUUAUACCGAGGGCUUCGGACCAAUAGCUGUACCACGUUUAUGCAUGUAGAUAGCAUUCGCUACUCUAUUGGCCAAAGCCCUCGGUAUAUUACGCGGCGCGCGCGGCGCAGAACCCUUGCCGCCUGUACUGAUUGGUGCUCGAUUAACUCAUUUCAGAUUUCUCGUUCAAAGAAAACUUUUGAAUGUUUAAAAAAUGGAGCAGUUGCUUUUUUGCUUUACGACGGCUGCGAAAUAUCACUGCCUUACUAAAUUGUAUACAGACUUAGUAAUCGAAGUCAUGUUAAUUACUAAUCUCGAUCGUCAUACUGAUUUUUUGGAGGGUAGUGAGGUUUUAUACACCUAAUUAAUAGUCAGCCAACAGUACGUAAUUGCUUCGUAUUUAUAAAAUUUACAUCAGUAGCCAUUUUCACCGUGUACGUUGGCGAGAUAUAGGACGUUCAAUUUAUAUAAAGCUGCGGCAUAUAAACUCUUAUCUAAGUACAUAACUAAAUACGCAAAAGAUAAGAAUUAAAAAUAUUAAAAUAGAUACCCAAAUUCUUGCUUCGCCAAUACGUUUUCCUACCAACUGCAGUACCUGAGACAGAGGAUAUGUUUUUAUAGCACUCAUCCGUGUUUAGGGAAACUCACAAAGAGAAAAUUAAAUCGAAAAAUCUGACUCGGACGGGACUUGAACCCACAGUUCUUGUUAAUCCGGGACGAGUGAGUUAACCAUUACACCACUGGGUGCUCCUCCUGUCCAUGCGAAACCCUCUUUUUCUCGUCUAUCUACUAACCAGCCAAACAAUUUAGCUACAGUAUUUUGCAUAUAGCAUAGGUACUUUGUAGUCCAGUAUCUCUAGGAUUGAUAUUCAUUGACCACUGCAUCUGCUUCCCCGUCCAAUCGUCCUAAAUUAAUGCAAGCACGAGCGAACGCUUUAUAAACUUCCAAAAUCACGAUGUACACUAUAAAAUCGAUAUUUUUUUACUAGAUUUUAAACGAUAGAUAUCUAUAUGUUCUCGGCUAUUACAUUAUAGUUAACACGAUGUAUUAAACUAAGAUCUCUAAGGCUAUAUCACCAUCUCCAGGAGUAUUUCUUGGAAAUAAUUCGUGAAUAAACAUUCCUUGAUUUUAUAUUCUUCAUUUGUUUUAUAUCCUUUGAUCGUUUACCUAAAGUACGAUGUAGUGAGGCUAAAUCUACAUCGGGAAAAAUACUUCAGUGAUGUCAUUAACUUGCAUUUUAUUUAAGUACAUAAAUACUCCUUUGAAAAUCCACACGAUAGAUUUAUCUUGCAGAUGGUGGUGGCUAUUAUUUAUGUAAAAUCUAAAUAAUCUUUGUAUAAUAAGUUACUUGUAAAUGUUUUAGCUCAGCCCGAUUUUAGCUAAGCACCUAUUCUGUGCAUUUAAUUUGGUGAUAACUUGGUAAUGCCUAUGAUGUAAACCAAUGUAGGUAUUUCGAAAAAAAGGGUUGGAAGGUUCUAAAAAGGGAUGGUUUUAGGGCUGAUGCGCUAAAACCGGGCUGAAUUCUCGUAGUAGGUGAAGCUAUCGAGUAAUUUCAUAUUCCUUACGUUCCCACAAAAAAUAUAGAUGGCAUCUGAACAGAUAGAUUUAACGUGAUAAUUACCUAUUUUCUCAUUACUAAAAUAUAAUCUUAUGGCAGAAGCAAAAUAUAUAAAAAUAAUUGAUGCUUGAUAUUUGGAUCAGAAUUAUGUUUCUACCUAUAUUGCGUCUUUUUAUUUUGAUCUGAAUAAUAACAGGUGGAAGAUUUGUUGUGCCUGGGU